UGGCGCCACCAAUAUGGCAGAAAUUUGAAAAUAGCCCCAUCGAGGCAUCAGCUGUUCGUCGCGUUCCGUUGACACAGUUUCGGUGUUUUGAUGGGUGUCGUAGCCAUGUGCCAUCUGCCAUGGGUGCCAUCGCCUCGGUGCUGCAAUGGCAUUGCGGAUCGUGCAGCCUAAUCAACCCCACCGAGCAAGUGCGAUGCAUCCGCUGCGGCACCACCAGGCAGACCCAGCACAAGGACCAUGAAGACGACGGGCUCUCCAGCGCCAGGUGCACAGUGAUCCGGCGCCUCCGCUCCGCCGACCCGGACCCAACCGCCCGCAGGGACACAGCCACGCUGGUGCGGGCCACCGUCCUCAGCUCGGUGGCGGUGCUGCAGAGGAGCGCCUCGGUGCGGAGCCCCCAGAAGAAGCGGCUCGAGUCCCGCCUCAAGUCGCGCAGCUUACCGAACCUGGCCGGCUGCAGCCUCUGCCGCACGUGCCGCGUCCUCUUCGUGUCGGUGUCGGAGACGUGUCUGGUGUGCGGCGGCGCCGAGGCAAUGAUGAACGUGGCCCAGUCGCCGUGCAAGAACUGCGCCUCUCUGACCCCCAUCGAGCAGCCGAACUUCCGGAACUACGACAUCCUGAGCUGCGAUAGGCCGCUGACGUGCAUGUGCCAGCGCGCCAAGAACAGCUUCAUCUCGCUGUCGAGCAUCCAGAGCUUCAGCUGUUCGGUGGCCGAGCAGAUUCACUGUGAUCCGUUGAUACCCACGAAUGUCAGGACGACGGCGAGCGGCAUCAACACGGGCCACAGUCCGAGCUACACGUGGAAGGUUAAGGGGGCGAUGGCGAAUUCGUGGACGUGUAAGCGGUGCACGCUGCUCAACGGACCUAACAGGGACGUCUGCGAGGCGUGCGAGGCGCCGUAUUCGUCGGACCUCAACAGCAAUUUUAACCCGGGAGUUAUAAUAAAGGUUGACAAUUGGGCGGAUAAUGAGGCGUUGAGAAACCCUAGCCACAGCCAGAAGCCCUCGUAUCGACGCUCCUUCUCCGAACUGCCCACGUCGCAGAACCUCCACGUGCCCAACAUCAAUCGCCGAAGCUUAGGCAACGAAGUCCUCGAAGCCGCCUUCCCCAAGUCGAGCACCUCCAUGACGGACAUCCAGUCCUCGCAACAUUCCUUCGAUAGUCUUACGGCUAGGUAUAGUAACUUGAAUCUCAACAGGAGCACGAGCGAUAUCACGAAUGAGGGGGCCGCCGCCACCCUCUACACCUACAUCGGAAUCUCUGAACCGGACAAGGAGAAGCACAUCUACGAGAACCAGGGGAUCGUGAACGCCCACAGCAAGAAGGGCGACUUCGACAACGACCAGCACGAAAAGAUACUCCAGGCCCUCAAGACCAGCAGCUCGAGCUUUGCGACGAACUGGCCCUUUGAUAAGAGAAAGUGGACUUGCCGCCAGUGUUCAUUUGCAUAUAACGAUUUUAAUAAUUUCAAGUGCGAUAUUUGUAAGGGGCCAAGGAUGCGUCCUAGUUUGAAUGAGCCGUGCACGGUCACAGUUACCGAAGACAGGAGUAGUGCGUCGACACCGCUGCCUUUAAACUGGAACGACUCCGUCGAGCUCCAGGUCCCUCUGGCAACGCUAGAACAGGACCUCGACGACGACUUCCAGCUCCUCCCGGGCGAGGACAGCCCCGUCGACGACCAGAAAUGGACCUGCAAGAAGUGCACCCUCGUGAACAGCGGCCGCUCCUUGAUCUGCGAGGCCUGUUGCGGCUCCAAGCUGCGCUCGUUGUCCUCCACCAACGACAUGACCCUCCGCAAGGGCGAGUUCUGGUCGUGCACCAAGUGCACGUUGAAAAACCCGCUGACGACGCCGAUCUGCAAAGCCUGUAAGACUGACAAAAAUAGCUUAGACGUGGCGUUGAGCAACCGCAAUCCAUCCCCGAGACACGGUUCAUCCAAGAAGUACACGAAGAGCUCGUACUCCAAGGUGAACAACCAGAAGGUGGUGAGCAGAGGUCGGCCCCGCAUCAACCUGGUGACCGACUUGGACCAGACCGUGCCGACGAACUCGGGCGCGGCGAAGUGGCAAUGCAUGAUCUGUACUUUCGAAAACACGAAAUCUCAUAUUAUCUGUGAUAUGUGCCAGAAAAUCCGAGAGGACGUCAGGACCACGCCUCCCGACGAGCCGGCGCGGCUGAGUCAGGAGGAGUUAGCGAAUAAGCAUUGGAAUUACAUCGUAAGGUACUGCAAGCUGAAGAAGCAGAGUUACGUGGACGAUUCCUUUCCGCCGUCGCCGAACAGUCUUUACUACAAUCCGUCGGAGGUGAAAGAUGCCCACACGGUCAAGUGGAAGCGGCUGAGGGACAUCACGGUGGACGAUGGGCCGGACUCCGAAUUGGCUUGGGCGGUUUUCAGGAAACCACACCCCUCGGAUAUUUCGCAAGGGGUUUUGGGCAACUGCUGGCUGUUGAGUGCCUUAGCCGUGUUGGCGGAAAGGGAGGACCUGAUCAGGGCGGUGCUAAUCACGAGGGAUUUCUGCCCGCAGGGGGUGUAUCAAGUUAGGUUGUGUAAGGACGGCAACUGGACCACUGUUCUCGUAGACGAUUACUUUCCAUGUGAUAAAAAGGGGCAUUUGUUUUAUUCUCAAGCGAAAAGGAAGCAACUUUGGGUCCCGCUAAUCGAAAAAGCGGUCGCCAAGAUCCACGGUUGUUACGAAGCGCUAGUUUCUGGUCGUGCAAUAGAGGGUUUAGCAACACUGACUGGAGCACCUUGUGAAUCUAUACCUCUUCAAGCGUCGUCUAUUCCCGCUCCCGCUGAAGAGGAACUCGACACUGAUCUCAUUUGGGCACAACUUUUGUCUUCACGUCAAGCACUUUUUUUAAUGGGGGCGUCUUGUGGUGGCGGCAACAUGAAAGUCGACGAAGUCGAAUACCAGAACAAGGGUCUGAGACCCCGGCACGCUUAUUCCUUGUUAGAUGUGAGAGAUAUAGACGGACAUAGACUGUUGAAAUUAAGAAACCCGUGGGGCCAUUUUGUGUGGAAGGGCGACUGGUCGGACACUUCGGAGAAGUGGACGAGGUACUUGCGCGUGGAGUUGAUGCCGGAAGGGCCGCAGGAUGGCACCUUCUGGAUAUCGUUCGCCGACGUUUUGAAAUAUUUCGACUGCAUCGACAUUUGUAAAGCCCGGAAUGGGUGGAACGAAGUCAGGUUGGCCGGAAUUUUACCACCGCUUUCGUCACAGAAACACUUAUCUUGCAUUUUGCUCACCAUUUUGGAACCAACUGAAGUGGAUUUCACACUGUUUCAAGAGGGCCAACGAAAGUCUGAAAAAUCGCAACGAUCUCAAUUAGAUUUGUGUGUUGUUCUUUUCAAAGCACGGAACGGUUCAACAAUCGGUAGUUUAGUAGAGCACAGUAAAAGACAAGUUCGUGGUUUCGUAGGUUGUAACAAGAUGUUAGAAGCUGGUGAAUAUGUUGUUGUACCUUUAGCUUUCAACCAUUGGCACACGGGCUUGGAGGACUUCACAGCCUACCCCAGGUAUGUUUUAGCCAUCCACAGUUCCAAGAAACUUCUGGCCGAGCAGCUGACCCCUCCCGACUGCAUCCUGGCGGACUCCAUAAUCUCGCUGACGCUGGCUCGGGGGCAGAGGCACGAGGGCCGCGAAGGCAUGACGGCGUACUAUUUGACGAAAGGAUGGGCCGGGUUGGUGGUGAUGGUGGAAAACCGGCACGAGAACAAGUGGAUUCACGUGAAAUGCGACUGCCAGGAGAGUUAUAACGUGGUGUCCACGCGCGGCACGCUGAAAACUGUCGACUCUGUGCCUCCUUUGACGCGACAAGUUAUUAUUGUUUUGACGCAACUCGAGGGUAGUGGCGGUUUUUCCAUAGCUCAUAGACUUACACAUAGACUUGCUAAUUCACAGGGUUUAUAUGAUUGGGGGCCUUCUGGCACUUGUCACGAUCCAGAGCUGGAUUAUCAGACUAGCGGGCUGCAUAUGCCGCGUCUAUUUUAAUUAUUUUUGUCAUUUAGACUGAGUUCUCGAAUUUUAUUGUUAUUUUUUUACCUGUUUGAGAUUUAUGGCCUAAUCGUUUAGUUCUUUAUGUAUCUCGAUUUUUAUUGACGUUUCGUUUUAUAAUGUAUUUUAAGAAUUGUCACGACGUUCACGAAUAUUGCAGUGUUCAGUUUUAUAUCGUAUAAACGUAAAUGUUAACGUAACUACGUUUGUUCAUGUUUAAUGACUUAGUUACGUUAGCUGUUUGGUGUUUACUAGUACAGAUUCAGUAAAAUGCUUUUUAGAUCGUCUUGCAAGGUUUGUGUGACUUCGUAAAUUGUUAAGAAUUAAAGUAAGCUUUCAAGUAA